AUGUCCUCGGGUCAGGCAGGGAUACUCCAGGUUGCGCCGGUGCAGAGGCGACGAGGCCGUCCAAACCGGGCGUGCGAUGUUUGCCAUGUUAGGAAGAUCGCCUGUGAUCGGGCAACACCAAAGUGUGACUGGUGCGCCUGUCAUGAUCUACAAUGUACCUUUUCCAGAUCUAGCCCCGGGGGCUCUUCAAGGUGGGCAAUAUUAGCGCCCAACGCAAAUCCUACAAUCACGGCGUGGACUCCGGCCGUUGGCUACAAUGACCCGUUUGCGGGCCGCCACUGGGGGAAUGUAUGCACGUUCGAUGGCACGCCCAUUUUCUCGGCAAGCGGCUUGCAAUGGAUAACCGUAUGUACUGGGAGAGAGCUUACAGUCGCUCAUUAUCCAAUCUCCGAGGCUCCCAGGUGGCUAGACUCUGCUGAUCCACCGUCUCUACUGCCUGACCAGAACCACUUUUACGUAGAGAUCCAGAAGUAUCAAGCUUCUGAAUUCAGCCUUUUCUUCCCCAUCCUUGACCCCUCGCUGGUAACUCACACUAUUCAAGCAGCAUAUUAUGGACAGCUAUCAACAGGAUCGCCUUGUUUGAGCUGCGCCAGGGCCGCGAUAUUUGCUUUUUGCUCGCUUGCGUUAUCUGUGGUGCAUGGGGACGAGGACGGUGCGCUGAAGUCAAGCGUUAGAAAUGCUCGUGAGGCAUAUCGCCUUGUUCCAGAAAUUAUCAAGGGAGCUGCAACACUGGAUGGGCUGCAGGCUAUUCUCAUGCUUAUGACAGACUUUUCAACCAUCGAUCACCUACUGACAACGGUGGCCCGGUUGAUAUACCAACUAAGGCUGAAUUUAUCUCCUGAUCAUGCGGGAGCUACCCCUCUAGCCGUCAAUAUCCACGCACGACGUUUAUUCCGCAUAGCCUACGUUUGUGACAAAGGCUUGACCCUGCUAACUGGCCUUCCCCCACGACUCGAAGACUCUGAAUGUGAUCCAGCGCCUUCCCUCUUCGAAAACUCCAAUGACCCUGCAAGCAUCACAAAUGCUUACCUUGACGCAUACGUCUGCCUGGCGCGCAUCCAGUCUUGCAUUUACCGCGGGCUAUACUCCCCUGAGGCCCUACGACAGUCAAAUACAGAUCUCUUCCGAACAAUCCGGAACCUAGAUCAGGACUUGGAGAAGUGGAAGGAUAGCUUACCGCUACCAAAUCGACCCACGCUGAUACCCGCUGAACAUGACCUGGUGCUUCAAAACACCGAUAUGCGGUUCUCGGUCUUUCAUUUGCAAUACCACCAUUGCUUGCUUAUGAUUCACCAAGCCAGCAGCAGGUGCGCCUCGUGGAUCGGGAAUCAAGAUACUCAAAAUACUUCUUCGAGCCUUGCGAUCUCCGUGACCGCGAGUCGAGCCUUUCUCCGGACAUUUGUCUUCCACCGUGUGGAGCUGGGUCCGCAGAACCUUCUUUUCUGUCUAACCUACUUCAUCCAAACCGCCAUAAAUCUAUUUUGCAAUGUCCUCUCACACCCCCUUCAUCCCGAAACCAAUGAAGACAUGAACAUCAUGGGUCUAAUUUCGGAUCUCAUUGCUGCUAAGAAGAGAGCAAGGGACCCUGUAUGCUACGUUGGGAAGAUCACCUUUGCGCAGGAGUUUAUCCUUGAGCUGAAGCGGCUUGCUCGGUGUGCUGUCGAUAGGGCAACUGCAGCUCGACAAGCAAGUAUGACUAGGAACUACGCUUAUUAUUACUCAUCUACAUUUCUAUGAUAUAUCAGGUG